AUCAGCAGCAGCAGUAGCAGUGAUAGGUAGCAGCACAUCUGGCUGUGGGUCGAGGUGAAGUCCUCAGAGAUCAGCCUGUAAACAGUAGUUGUGCGCGAACAGAGCAGAAGAUGCAGCCGGACACGCUGUUGCACGUCGCUAACGUCAGCACGCUGUUUGUGUGCAUGGUGCUGAAGUUCCCGCAGAUCUUCGUGCUGAUCAGAGUCAAGUCAUCCAGCGGCGUGAGUCUCCCCAGUCUGCUGCUGGAGCUCACCGGGUACAUUGUGUUUGUAACAUACCAGAUGUACUAUGACUACCCACCUCCAACAUACUUUGAGUAUCCCAUCCUCAUCGCUCAGGACGCCGUCCUCCUGCUCCUUAUUCUUCACUACAGCGGCAGUCUGCAGCAGAGCCUCCUCUACACUCUGUUGUUUGUCGGAGGCUGGAGGCUCCUCACCGUGGAGAAGUGGAUCAUUGACCUGGCUAUGAGCCUGUGCACAUUCAUCAGUGCAGCCAGUAAAUUUGCACAGCUGCAGUGUCUGUGGAGAUCUAAGGACGCGGGGCAGGUUAGCGCCCUCUCCUGGAGUAUGGCCACCUACACGUGUAUGGCACGGAUCUACACCACCAUGGUGACAACUGGAGACAUGCAGGUUCUGGUGCGGUUCAUCGUCAUGACGCUGCUGAACCUGUGGGUGCUGCUCACCGUGCUCUACUACCAGAGGCACAGCCGCAGCGCCAAGAAAGACGACUGAGCUGGAUCCAGAGUUUAUUCAGGGUUACUUUGGAACAAGGCCUGCAUCGACAGACAUCACACUGACGGGUCGCAGCCGCAUUGUUGUAGAAUUCUUUCCCAUUUUAAAACUUUUUUAACAUUUUAUCCCAGUGUUAAAGCUGCACAUUUCUUUCUUAACAUUCCAGUGACUAGUUAUCUUUAUUCACCUGUAGUGAGGAUAGAGACCAAUGAUCCUUACUGCAAGUGUUAAUUACUAGAUCAGCAAGAGCAAAGAAUAUCUGAGAUCUUCCUUCUCGGGACAAGAAAUACUGUAUUUUAAAGAGUUUUUUACAAAUGUGUAGUUCAUUUCUGAACUAUUUUUAAUAAAUCAAACAUUGACGUCUUA